AUGUUACCAAAAAAUUGUAUAAACAUAAUCUUAAUAUUCCUCAAUUUAUUCUGUUAUUUUAUAUAUGGGCAAAAUCUUGACAAUACAGUUACAUGGUGUACAAUAUCUGAAGCUGAACAAGAUAAGUGUAAUGCAUUUGCAAGAGCAGUUGAUCGUGAAAUAGCAUUUUUCGAUUAUAAUUACAUUUCUGUACAAUGCAAACAAGCAUCUAAUAAAGAAGAAUGUAUGGCUCUGUUAGAUGAAGAGAAAGCACAGAUAACCACUUUAGAUGCUGGUGAAAUUUUUAUAGCAGGACGCUAUCAUAGUUUGAUUCCAUUUAUGCAGGAAUUAUAUGAGAAUGGUGAACAUUAUCAGCAUGCAGUUGCAGUUAUUAAAAAAGGAUCUUUGUCAGAUGUUCAGAAUCUACAUGACUUAAGGGGUAAAAAGGCUUGUUUUGCUGGUCUUGGAAUGCUUGCUGGUUGGAUUAUUCCAAUCUAUACUCUUAUGAAACAAGGUGGAUUGGAAGUUGUUGAUUGUAAUAAUCAUGUUAAAUCGGCUAUUAAAUACUUUGGACCUAGUUGUGCCGUAAAUUCACUGAUAGAUAAACAUAAUCCAUUAGGUGAUAAUUCUGAUCAAUUAUGUAAAUUGUGUGUUGGAAAAUUACCUGGAGGAAAAUGUACAACUUCAGACCCUUAUGCAGGAUAUGAAGGAGCAUUUAGGUGUUUGGUAGAAGUAGGAGAAAUUGCUUUUCUUGUACAUACAACAGUACAUGAAAUGACAUCAACAGCAUUUGAUUUUGAAAAUUCUAUAAAAAAAGAGCAGUUUGAAUUGCUUUGUCGCGAUGGUAGUAGAAAACCUAUUGAUGAAUAUAAAUAUUGUAAUUGGGGAACUGUGCCAUCACGUGCUAUAGUUACAUCGUCUGCUACAAAGAUCGAAACCCGACGAUUAUAUCAGCGAUUUUUAGAAAAAGCAGUUGAAAUUUUGGGAAAACAUAUGAUGAGAAAUUCAACUCAAUUAUAUGAUGAUCAUUUUGAAAAUCGACCAGGUUUUAAUAAUAGAUUUGGCGAAAAAAAUUUUAACAGAAGUGAAUAUGCUAAUGCAAAUGAAUAUAAUACAGAGAAUUUUGAAAAUCAUAAUGGAUAUGAGAAAGGCUAUGAUGGAAAUGAAUUGCAUGAAUGGGACAAGACAGAAUCAACAAACAUACAGCCAAUAGAAACUUUCAAUUUAUUUGAAUCUGCACCUAAAUAUGGAAUGCAUCACAACUUAAUGUUCUCUGAUUCAGCGUGGGAUUUUGUUCAAUUGUCCGAACAAGAUCAAAUAUUCACGGGUUAUUUAAACACAUCUCUAGAUCCUAUAUUAGAAGUACAUCGUUGUCCUGUCGAUAAAAUGACCUUGUGUGUUACAUCCGAUCCGGAGAUGGAAAAAUGUGUAAAAAUGAAGAUAGCAUUAAAAGCACAGUUAUUGAAGCCAGAAUUAAAUUGUCACAAAGGUCAUAGCCAAAUUCAUUGCAUGCAGGCUAUACAAAGUGGAAUUGCUGAUGUAGCAAUGUUAGAUACUAGUGAUGUAUAUACUGCUGGUUUACGGUACGACUUGAUCCCGUUUAUAUCCGAAGUUUAUAAUUUACCAACAGCAGAAUAUUAUGUGGUUGCAGUAGUGAAAGAAGAGGAUGAUAAUACAGAUUUAACUUACCUUAAAAAUAAGUACACUUGCCACACAGGAAUCAACACAGCAGCAGGAUGGGUAUAUCCAAUGGCAUAUCUUAUUUCGAAUACUUGGAUCAGGGGCUAUGGUUGUGAUUCAGUUCGCGCUGCUGCAGAAUAUUUUACUAAAUCUUGCGUUCCGGGUGCACUUAGUACGGAAUAUAAUACAGGAGUACCGUAUGAUAAUAUGUGUGAUCUUUGCCACGGUGCGAGUUUUCGCUACUGUCGUAGAGAUGCAUCUGAAGAUUACUAUGGGUAUACUGGUGCUUUUAGAUGUUUAGUUGAGGGAGGCGGAGACGUAGCUUUUGUGAAACAUACAACAGUCGCAGAAAAUACUGAUGGAAAACGGCGAGAGACAUGGGCGCGUAAUACAUUUACCAAAGAUUUUGAACUACUUUGUCCAGAUGGUACACGUCGUCCAACAUCCGAUUAUGUUCAUUGCAAUUUAGGAAAAGUGGCAGCGAAUGCAAUAGUUACGCGUGGUGGAUAUUACGGAUAUAACGAGUCGCAAAUGAAUGCUUAUAUAAACUUGUUUAUUUACGCUCAACAAUUUUAUGGCAGAAAGGAACAAGAUGAAUAUAGUUUUAGCAUGUUUUACAGUCAACCACCUUAUACUGACUUGAUUUUCCAAGAUGCUACGCAACAAUUAGUAGUAAUACCACCAGAAAAAAGGGAGUUUAGUGCCUAUUUAGGUCCAGAUUUUAUGAGAGCUAGAAGAAUUGUUGAUUGUAAUGCUGGUGCAUCGGCUAUAGGACAUUCGAUACAAGCUACGAUGGUUACGAUAUUACUUACGUAUGUAUUUAGUAGAUAA